AGAAGUUAAAGGUGUUGAAUUGGAUAGAGUUUGCUGGAAUGGGGUUGAUGAGUGAGGCCUUUUCACAGACUCUGAUUCCUGUGUGUGCUUUGAUAGGCAUUUUGUUUGCUUUAGUCCAGUGGUUUCUGGUUUCAAGGAUAAGAGUAGCUUCAAGCGGUCCUGACAGUUACGAGGAUCAGUUGAUUGAAGAAGAUGAUGAACAAGUGGAAGGCAUUGAUUCGGCUGAGGUUGUUAACAAGAAGUGUGCUGAGAUUCAAAAUGCUAUUUCUGUUGGUGCAACUUCGUUUCUGUUCACAGAGUACAAGUACCUUGGAAUAUUCAUGUUCGUAUUUGGUGUAAUCAUCUUCAUAUUCCUUGGAUCAGUUAAAGGCUUUAGCACCAAAAGUGAACCCUGCACUUACAAUGAAGGAAAUCUCUGCAAGCCAGCUUUGGCCAAUGCUAUCUUCAGCACAAUUGCCUUCUGGCUUGGAUCCCUGACAUCGGUUCUCUCAGGUUUCUUAGGAAUGAAGAUUGCUACAUUUGCCAAUGCAAGGACAACUUUGGAGGCAAGGAAAGGAAUUGGGAAGGCAUUCAUAACAGCCUUCCGUUCUGGUGCAGUGAUGGGUUUCCUGCUUGCAGCCAAUGGCCUCUUGGUGCUUUAUGUAACCAUAAACUUAUUCAAACUAUAUUACGAGGAUGAUUGGGAGGGACUCUACGAAUCGAUCACUGGUUAUGGUCUUGGAGGGUCUUCUAUGGCACUCUUUGGAAGAGUUGGAGGUGGAAUCUAUACAAAAGCAGCAGAUGUUGGGGCUGACCUAGUUGGCAAAGUUGAGAAGAAUAUACCCGAAGAUGAUCCCCGUAACCCAGCUGUUAUUGCAGACAACGUUGGCGAUAAUGUUGGAGACAUUGCCGGAAUGGGUUCUGACUUAUUUGGAUCUUAUGCUGAAUCAUCCUGUGCAGCACUCUUUGUUGCCUCAAUUUCAUCUUUUGGUAUACACCAUGACUAUGCAGCGAUGUCUUAUCCUCUAAUUAUUAGCUCUGUGGGGAUAAUCGUUUGCUUGAUAACAACUGUUAUUGCAACUGAUGUUGUUGAGAUUAAAACUGUCAGUGAGAUUGAACCAUCUUUGAAGAGGCAACUUCUUAUCUCAACUGUUCUUAUGACUGUUGGGAUAGCUGGAGUAAGCUUCCUUGUUUUACCAUCAAAGUUCACUUUGUUCGACUUUGGGACUGACAAAGUUGUGAAGAACUGGCAUCUUUUUUUCUGCGUUUCCAUUGGCUUAUGGGCUGGCUUGGUGAUUGGAUACGUUACUGAGUAUUAUACUAGCAAUGCUUACAGUCCGGUGCAGGAUGUUGCAGAUUCUUGUAGAACUGGUGCAGCAACAAAUGUAAUCUUUGGGUUAGCUCUGGGAUACAAGUCUGUUAUCAUUCCCAUAUUUGCCAUAGCCAUUGCUAUUUAUGUAAGCUUCAGCUUGGCUGCAAUGUAUGGUAUUGCAAUGUCAGCUUUGGGAAUGCUCAGCACUAUCGCCACUGGACUUGCAAUUGAUGCUUAUGGCCCAAUAAGUGACAAUGCUGGUGGUAUAGCAGAAAUGGCUGGAAUGAGCCACAGGAUUCGUGAAAGAACAGAUGCUCUGGAUGCCGCCGGAAACACAACAGCUGCAAUUGGCAAGGGUUUUGCGAUUGGAUCAGCUGCUCUGGUUUCUCUUGCUCUCUUCGGUGCUUAUGUAAGCAGAGCUGGUAUCAAGACUGUUGAUGUCUUGACUCCAAAAGUCUUCAUUGGCUUAAUUGUUGGGGCCAUGCUUCCUUAUUGGUUCUCAGCAAUGACAAUGAAGAGCGUAGGAAGUGCAGCACUGAAAAUGGUCGAAGAGGUCAGGCGACAAUUUAACACCAUGCCUGGGCUUAUAGAAGGAACAAGAAAACCAGACUACGCAACAUGUGUAAAGAUUUCAACCGAUGCUUCGCUCAAGGAAAUGAUACCACCAGGUGCUCUUGUUAUGCUAACACCAUUAAUUGCUGGUACUUUAUUCGGGGUCGAAACUCUGGCUGGUCUGCUUGCUGGCUCCCUUGUUUCUGGUGUUCAGGUAGCCAUCUCCGCUUCUAACACAGGAGGGGCAUGGGACAAUGCCAAGAAGUACAUAGAGGCUGGUGCUUCAGAACAUGCUCGAACGCUGGGGCCUAAGGGAUCAGAUGCUCACAAAGCUGCUGUAAUUGGUGACACAGUUGGAGAUCCCCUCAAGGACACUUCUGGUCCAUCGUUGAAUAUCUUGAUCAAGCUCAUGGCCGUAGAAUCAUUAGUUUUCGCUCCUUUCUUCGCAAGCCACGGGGGAUUGCUGUUCAAAUAUCUUUGAGAUUGAAGCUGUUACAAAACCAGGCCAUCAAAUCAAAGUGCAUCAGUUUUGACAUCACAAGAGAAACUUGUUGAUCAACGAAUAUUUCAAGAAAAGAUUAAAUCACUUAGCAAUGUUGACAAGAGCAACAUCAUUUGAUAAUUUAUGUUGUAAGUUGACUUGUAUUACUAUUUGUCUACAUUCAUGGCAUCAAUGUAUUAUAGUUUCAGAUC